CGCUGAGCUCCCUCCCGGACAAGAAGGUCUCAGCCAAAAUGAGCGAAACUCCUCUUAGUUUUUCUAUGAUUCAUCCAACUUCUUCUGAAGGUCAGGUGUCUUCCCAGCGCCAUGUGAGCCUCACUCAUCCUGUUGUGGCCAAAAGGAUCAGCUUCUACAAGAGCGGAGACCAGCAAUUCGGCGGGGUUAAAGUGGUAAUCAAUCCUCGUUCGAUGAAGUCAUUUGAUGCUCUGCUGGAUAACUUGUCAAAGAAAGUGCCUCUACCUUUCGGGGUGAGGAAUAUCAGCACCCCGCGGGGAAGGCACAUCAUCACGAGCCUGGAGGAUCUGGAGGAUGGCAAGUCAUACCUGUGCUCUCACGGCAAGAAGGUUCAGCCAGUAGACCUGGAAAAGGUUCGCAGGCGCCCACUUCCUUGGCUUAGCAGUCGGGCCGUCAUCACGCAGGCUCACCGCGCCCACGCAGCUGCCGCGGCUGCUCCCCACAUGCUGCGCGCCCCGCGGAGGCUCGUGGUCUUCCGGAACGGCGACCCUAAGACGAGGCGUGUGGUCCUUCUAGGCAGGCGGGUCACCCAGACGUUUGAGGCCUUUCUGCAGCACCUGACAGAGGUCCUCCAGUGCCCGGUGACUAAACUGUAUGCCACGGAUGGAAGAAAGGUUCCUAGUCUCCAGGCGGUGAUCCUGAGCUCUGGGGCUGUGGUGGCAGCAGGAAGGGAGCCAUUCAAACCAGGAAAUUAUGACAUCCAAAAGUACUUGCUUCCUGCUAGAUUACCAGGGAUCUCACAUCAUGUGUACCCCAAAGGAAUUGCUAGGUCAGAAAGCAGAAAGACGAAUACACAUACACUUUCAAGUCCAAGGUCCCAGGUUUAUUGUGUUUCUUCUGGCAAUAUGGAUAAUAAUGGUUGCUACUCAGACCAGUCUUUUGCUCCUGAGAAUUACUUGGCCUUAGAAAAAAACGAUUCUCAGAAUUUAUUAAUAUGUCCUUCUAAAGAUGAUGUUGAAAAAUCAGUUAUCUUUAAUGAUGAUGGCACUAUGACAAUUGAGAUGAAAGUUCGAUUUAAGAUAAAAGAGGAAGAAACCAUAAAGUGGACAACAACUGUCAGUAGAGGUGAUCUUUCUAAUAGUGAUGAAAAGAGUAAGAUAAGCAGUUUUCCAGGAAAAACAGAUGAUGGCUCAUCUGGUAUAGAGAUUGCAGCUUGCUCAUUGUCUGCAGUUGUCUCACCUAUGGAGAAAGGCAAUAAUCAAGAUGGCACUUUGGCAGAGGAGAUAAACACUCAAAAGACAGAUCAAGAGGUUGAAACUUGCAGUUCUGCUAAUUGGGAGAAUGCUGCUGUAGACACAGAUACCGUUCAGGGAACUCAAGAUCAAGACAAGUGUCACUUUUAUAGGCCUCCUACUCCUGGACCUAGGAGAGUGAGACAGAAGAAAUCUGUCGCAGGGAGAGUGACCUUAUUAUCAGAAACUGAAGUUCAAGAGAAAAUAAUUAGACAGAAAGAUAGGGAAAACAAAUCUGAGUAUCACGUGUUCACAUGUUCUUGCAGUAAAGUUUCAUCAGUAUCUAACAAACCAGUACUUGCUCAGAUCAAUAACAAUGAGCAGAUGGAGUCAUCUUUAGAAAGAAAAAAGGAAAACAAACUGCCCAAGUCAAGCACAAUAAGUGCUGGUGUUGUAGAAAUUACAAGUCAGAAGAUGUUAGAGAUAUCCCAUAAUAAUGCCUUGCCGCGGACUGUAUCAGAAAAUUCAGCUCUGGAGGAAGGUGUAGUUGAUACUGAAACAUCAGACAAACAGCCUGGGAUCAAGAACUUCAGUAGUUAUGGUAACACUGAUGAUAGGUUCAGUCUUAUUUUAGCAGAUACAACUCAAUCUUCAGAUAAUAACUCUGGCACUGACAAAAUUUUCUCUGAGACUCCAUUUGCAGUAGGAUCCUCUGCUGUCACUUCAAGAAUUAACAGAUUAAUUAAUGAAUUUACUCAUUGUGGUUUUACAAAACUUCCAGAAUAUAAAAAGCAGAUUUCAUCAUCUGUUGCCAGCAAAAAGAAAAAGAAAUCCCAUCAGCAAGUGAUAGAUUCUUGUUGUCAAGAUGGGGACAUUGUAAGCACAGGACUCCCCAGUAAAAGCAAGAGAAUAAGCAAAGGACGUAGAAUUACAGAGGAAACUAUAUUGCAAGUUACACACAGUCCCCUUAAAGGAGGGAUGCUUUAUGAGGGAGACCUCCAUGCAAGUGAGACGGUAUUUGAGUCGAAUUAUUUUUGUUCCCACAAUAAUCUCAGCUCUGUGAAUUCCAGGGAUAUCCAUAGAAACAAAUUAAAUACUACUCCAAAUCCCAAGCUUCAAGGACUUUUAGCCAAAAGAAAAUCCAGACCACUAAACAAAUUAAGUUUAUUAGGAGGACCUACAAAAAUAGAAAUUGAUCAAGGAGACAAAGUAUUUCCCUAUAAUGCAUUUAAAUAUUGCAGAAAUACUUUGGAAAAUAAAAAUUCAUUUUCUCUGUUUAACAUUCUUGAGCAAAAAUCAAAUACAUUUUGGGGACCACAGGCUCAUACAGAAAUGACAUCUUGGAAUUUGAGAGGAAUGGCAGAGAAGAAUUUAGAUUCCAAAGUGAACUCACAUGUAACUUUAAAAAGUCAGAGAAAGCACAGAGGAGCUAAGUUGAAAUCAGGCACAACUAUAAGUAAACAACAUGCUACAAUCAAGGCAAAUUCCUUAACUUCUUUGAAAACAACCAUUUAUCCUGAGGAUGUUACCCAUCAUUCAGUUCAAAAUUAUAAACAGGGACGGUUGCAGAUCAUAAAGCCACAUCCAGCCUUCCAACCUAGAAAGUCAGCUCCAAUAUGCAAAAAGGGAAGAAAUGUGGUAAAUUUUAACAGUGGUCUUCUAGGAAAUAAUUCCCAUGCAAAUUCUGGGAAGGGAAAUAAUUUUGUUGUAGAAAGUGAUAAGCACAUAGCUAAAAAUGACAGCUUGGUAGGAGAUAAUCUAGGCAAAGAGGUAGGUAAAUCUUUUAACAAAGUUAACAGUGAAGAACUCCCCAAAGAUCUCUAUGACAGCCAUAGUGGAACUCUGAAUGAUGCUUACUUGCUUUCCCUGCAUGAAUAUUGUACUUUGUCACAGUCAGUUAUUGGUGAUCAUAUUACUAAAAGUAAGGUAUAUGCUGAAAAGUCAGUACCAGAGGUAAAUCUUAUUUACCAAGAAGUAAACUUAGCUACAAAAGGGCAAAGUGUAGAAGUUGCCGUUCAAGUAGAUCCUAUGGAAGAAGACACUCCAAAAGACCUUUUAUCAGUCCUGUUGCUUUACCAACUACAAAAUUUAGUUCCUAGUAUUCACAAGACACAGGAUGGAAUUGUUCAAAUGCCAGUUUCACUUGCAGGUGUUCCCUUUCCUUCCACAAUAUGUAAUUCAUCCACUAAUGUCCUUUUAGCUUGGCUCCUGGUGUUAAACCUAAAGGGAAGUAUGGAUAACUUCUGUCAAGGUGAUCCUCACAAGAUUACCAGCAGAACUUCAGAAAUACUUGCUUUGUUGGAGGUUCUAAAGCACAUUGCCAUCACAGAGGAAGCUGAUGACUUGAAGGCUGCUGUGACCAUUUUAAUGGUGUCAACCACAAAUCACCUUGGACUCACAGAGAAAGAACAAAACAUAGAGCCAGUAGAUCCUUCUGCAAAUUGUUUGAUCCCCCACAUUCUGAGAGUUCUAAAGUGCACUGAAAAUGAAAAAACCCAGAAAAUUUGCUUAGAUAGAAGCUCCUCUACCAGUGAGGAUUGUUCCCCGGAAGUCUGUGUUUCAGAGGUGACUUGUUCUCCAUGUGAGAGGUACACUGUGAAUAAGACUGACCAUCCAAAAAAGACUUGUAACCCCAGUGAUACUUUUUUCCCUAGUGAUGACUGUGCUAUGAAUCAGACCUACCUGGAUAAGGCUUGUUUCCUGGGAGAGAUCUGUUUACUUACUGAUGCUGUGGCUUCCCAUAAAGCGUGUGCUCAUGAGGAAAACCUUAUCUAUGAGACAUCUUGCCCAAAUGAUGAGUCCUACAUUCCGAACAGAGUCUGCAAUUGCGGUGAUUUUCUAAAUUCUAAAGAAAACCCUUAUACUGAUAAUUUGGAAUCAACUGAGGUAUUAGAACGACUUGAUGAGGUUCAGGAAGACCUACAUAUUUUGGCAGACCUAAGAUGUAAAAAUGACUUUAAUUUGGUGGUGCCACACCACAAUACCAGUGAUUUAAGCCAUUGUGACUUUUUCCUAAAUGCAGCUGAAUCAGAAUUUGAUAAGAAACAUAGUUCUGUAGAUUCUCAAAAUUGUUCAUUAAAGAAAUUCCAGCAAACAAAUGCAUAUACAUCCUUUGAUAAGGAAGAAUCAAAGACUUCUGAAGAAACAGGCUCAGUAACCAACAGCGUGACAUCAAGUGAAGGAAACAUUUCAGCUUUAGAAUCUUUUGAAGAAUUAGAAAACCAGGACACUGUUAUCUUUAAUGCGAAGGCGAAUGCAAGAGAGCAAACCCCUGAACAAUCAAUCAAAAAAAAGCUAGUGGGCAAAAAUUUGAAAAUGGUGAAAGUCUCAAACAGGAACAUUGUAGAAGAAGAAAGUAGGAAUGGUGUAAUUUGUGAGAAAAUCAGUAGGAAGCUGGCAGCACCAACAUCUUUAGUAUUUUGCUAUGAUUCUAACCAAAAUACUGAAAAGGAUCUCAAUGAAGGAGACACUAAAAUGAGAGUUAAAGUGAUGGUGAAAAACAUGGAAAUUGGAAGUUAUUCAGGGUCCUCUCUUGAUUUUAAAAACUGCUUUAAAAGUAAAGUAAAUUCUGCUUGGUUAGACUAUCCACUGGGCAGUGAGAAUGAGCACCCACAUAAUUGCUCCAAUGAUACUGAUGAGGUGAUUGUCCAAGAUAAAGGAUACAAUCAGGGAUUUGUUAAAAGGACAAUAGAAACACUUUAUGGUAAAGCACAGCUUAUGAAACCAUCUUUUUUUCCUGGGUCUAUAAACACAUCUCAGGUUUAUCCUUGCAAUUCUGUGGAAUUUCAGUGUGCUAGGAAAGUAGGUCUUUAUGAUUCUGAAGGUCAGUCAUUUGACUCUUCUGUACAGAUACCUAGUAGUUCAUCUGUGCUGCAGAAAUUUCAGGAGGAAGGACAAGAUAAAUGUCACUUUAAUGACAUAAGGGCCAGUUAUCAUGGAGGAGAUGUUGUGGAGCAUGAAACAAAACAAAAUGAACAUAAAGUCUUGAGGAAUAUAGAGGAAGGAGUACUGAUUGACAAAGGCAAGUGGCUUCUAAAAGAAAAUCAUUUGCGAAGAGUGUCAUCACUUGAAAAUUCUGGCAUAUGUGAAAACAUGUACACAUCAGUGGAUGCUUUACUUGGUAAUAGCAGCAGUGAGGUGCCAUAUUCACAUUUGGAAAAUUUGGGCACAGCUGCAAGCCUGGCUGAACGAUCCUCCUCAGAAUUGGAGGAACUGACUCAAACUCUUGAACUGAAAUGCAAUUAUUUUAACAUGCCUCAUUGUAGUGACUCUGAGCCUUUUCUUGAGAAUUUGGUAGAUGUUCAAAAUAAAACUUGUGCCAAGGUGAGAACACGAGAUCACUUUGCACAGCAGAAAGGUAAUCAAAUGUCGGAAAGAGCAUGCACAUCAGUCACUCAUGUCUUUACACCAGGUGGUAACAAAGUUCAUCCAGUCUCUAAUGAUACCAUUAAAAACCAACCAUUGCCUGGUUGUGAUGUAGUUCAUGGUGCACUUCAGGAAGGUGACUCUUUGGAUAAACUCUAUGCUAUUUGUGGUCAACAUUGCCCAAUACUAACUGUUACUAUCCAACCUGCAAAUGAGGAAGACCGGGGAUUUGCAUAUUGUAAAUAUUCUGAUAUUGAAAACUCCUUGGGUCUGCAUUUAUGGAUGAAAAUAGAGCCAUAUUUUCUACAGUCAAACAAAAACAUGCUUAGAGAUGAGAACAGAAAAGCAAGUAGGAGAAAAACAUUUAUUGAUAAUGCCAUUAGCAAAACAUUUGAUAAACUUCAUUUCAAUAACAUGUUGGACUUGUUGGAUAAAAGAAGAAAAUUAAAAAGAAUGAAUUUCUUGGAUUUAAAGAAAAAAAAUCUCAAAAAAUUCCAGUCUCCUUUAAAGAAAAGGUUUUAUGUAAAUUUCUUGUAUACAUUGUUAGUUGUAGAUAAUGUACAUUUGACACACUUCAAUAAAUCAGACCCUAAUAAUCAAAGAAAUGAAGUAUAUGAAAGAGUUGAUGAGAAUAACAACUUAUUAAAUAACAGAUUCCAGAACCCAAGAACAAAUUUUAACCAACUACUAAGAAAUAUCAACUAUCAUUUCUAUUUUGAAAUGCUUGGCCAAGCCUGCCUAUUUUGCCAAGUUGAGACAUCCUUAAAUUUUAGUGACAGAAAUAUAUUAGAAUUUUAUAUUUUUGAAUAUGAAAAUAUCUUCAUUUGGGAGGAAAACCAAUUAGAUUUAACUGAUCUUGAAAGUAGUGAUGAAUGAAAAGAUGUAUAA